GUCUCGGGCAUUGUACGGGCGAGACCAUGGGAGACUCUCUGUUCUCCGAGUAUGCCUCUGACUUUGGUGACAUUACUCUCGACAUUUCCCGCAAUGUCUACAACAUUCCCUCUCUCUCAGGAGCUGAGAAGAAGGACGCCGUGGCAGAGACACAGCAACAGCUCGAUGAGGCCGAGUCGGUGAUCCAACAAAUGUCGUUUGAGCUCGAGUCACUCCCGCGGUCUGAGGCUGCCAGGCAUCAGUCCAAGCUGACCGAGUGCGAGGUGGCGCUGGCCAAGCUGCGGAAGGAGUUCCGUGAGGCCAAGUUUGCGCUGCCCAAGGCCGAUGCAGCGCGGUCGGCGCUGAUGGGCGACUACGACGAGGAGGUUGCUCAGCGCUCAAUGGACCAGCGUGAGCGGCUGCUCGACUCGACCCGUCAGCUCCACCGCGACUCGGAGCGCAUCCAGGACAUCCAGCGGAUCGCACUCGAGACAGAGGCCACUGGCGGCGAGAUCCUCAGCACGCUCGGCGAGAACCGCGAACAGAUCAACCGCAUGCGGUCAAACCUCCACGUCGCCGACGCCAACAUCGGCCGCGGUGGCCGGUUCAUUCGCUCCAUGCAGCGCCGCUCCGUCGUCAACAAGCUCAUCAUCGCCUCCAUCAUCCUCUUCCUCGUCGUCACCAUCAUCCUCGUUGUCUACUUUAAGUGGAUCAAGAAGAAGAAGAAGCCCACCACCCAGCAGCCUGCAAACUCGGGCGGCUCGGGCACGGACACAAACUCGGUCAUGGCCCAGUUCUUCUCCUUGUGAAGAGCAACUCCUCGUCCUGCACUACUGCUCCAGCACAAGCGCGCCCGCCGCGCCGCAGUACCCCUCGUGCCGCAUAAACAGCGCCUCCAUCUCGCCCUGCGACCAGAGCGCGACGUAGAACGCGAGCGUCCGCUGCGCAAUCGGCGUGUGCCGCUUCGGCUCGUGCCGCAGAAAGUUGCCCGUAAAGAAGAUCCGGUCCAU